CGUGACUCCGAAGAACGAGUCACGUGACUGAAGCAGUCGGAAGAACCGUCCGCGGUGAGAGUUUUUGGUUUGUGCCGCGGACCGUGGCACGAUGUUCGCACCGGGGAGGGCCGCGCUGCUGGGCGCCCUGUGUCUGUGGGCCGCGUUCGACGCGGUGUGUCCGCUCUUCCCCCGGGAGUCCGCCUCCCGAGAGGUGAAGGAGCUGAGCGGCCGCUGGGACUUCAGGGCGGACAAGUCUCCGGACAGGAAGCAGGGCUUCGAGAGGGCAUGGUACAAGAGUCGGCUGGCAGAGACUGGCCCAGUGAUUGACAUGCCAGUUCCUGCCAGCUACAAUGACAUCACCCAGGACCCUACGCUCAGAGAUUUCAUCGGCUGGGUGUGGUACGAGCGAGAGGUCGUGGUGCCUUCCCGCUGGGUCGCAGAUGAAGGAACUCGAGUGGUUCUGAGAGUGGGAAGCGCUCACUAUUAUUCAGUGGUGUGGGUGAACGGGGUGAAAGUGACCGAGCACAAAGGUGGCCAUCUUCCCUUUGAGGCUGAGAUUGGCAGUUUAAUCCGCAAGGACCCGACCACACCGUGCAGGAUCACCAUCGCUGUCAACAACACGCUGACUCUGGACACUCUUCCUCCUGGGAUCAUCCAGCACAUGGACGACCCAACCAAGUAUCCUGCUGGGUUUUUUGUGCAAAACAUCUACUUUGAUUUCUUCAACUACGCUGGGAUACAUCGUCCCGUGUUGCUGUAUACUACUCCUAAGGCGUAUGUGGAUGACAUCACUGUGGUGACUGACUUCUUGGAUGACACUGGUCUCGUCAAAUACGUAGUAUCAGUCCAAGGUGCUGUCACCGCCGCGGUGAAGGUCACUUUGCUGGACAAAGACGGACACUCAGUGGCCUCCUCUAACAAGGCGUCUGGACUGCUCAAAGUGGUGGAUGUCAAGCUGUGGUGGCCGUACUUGAUGCACGAGAACCAUGGUUAUCUUUACUCUUUGGAGGUUCGCUUAAUGGCAGCUGAUGAUGGAUCGACUGAUGAAGAUGUGUACACUCUACCAGUUGGCAUCCGCACUGUUAGGGUGACCAGCACUCAGUUCCUCAUCAACAACAAGCCCUUCUACUUCCACGGAGUCAACAAACACGAAGACUCUGAUAUUCGAGGUAAAGGCCUGGACUGGCCCCUGAUCAUCAAGGACUUUAACUUACUGAAGUGGUUGGGAGCAAACUCGUUCCGCACCAGCCAUUACCCGUAUGCUGAGGAGAUCCUGCAGAUGUGUGAUCGCCACGGCAUCGUAGUGAUAGACGAGUGCCCGGGAGUGGGCAUCAAAGACAUUCGCAGUUUUGGAAAUGCCUCCCUCGCCCAUCACCUGGUCGUCAUGGACGAACUUGUACGUCGGGACAAGAACCAUCCAUCUGUGGUCAUGUGGUCCGUAGCUAACGAGCCUGCUGCAGAGAUGCCCCCUGCCGAACUGUAUUUCAAGACCUUGAUAAAACAUACCAAGGAUCUGGACCCGACCCGGCCCGUCACUUAUAUCACAGACAGUAACUAUGCCAGGGACAAGGGGGCUCCCUAUGUGGAUGUGAUCUGUGUGAACAGUUACUUCUCCUGGUACCACGAUCCAGGCCACAUGGAGGUCAUCUCCAUCCAGCUCAACUCCCAGUUUGAGAACUGGUACGGAAAGUACCAGAAACCCAUCAUUCAGAGCGAAUAUGGAGCCGACGCGGUGCCGGGGCUUCACAGUGAUCCACCCGUGAUGUUUUCGGAAGAGUACCAGAAGAUGGUCCUGCAGAACUACCACGAUGUGUUUGACCAGAAGAGGAAGCAGUAUGUUGUCGGCGAACUCAUCUGGAACUUCGCCGAUUUCAUGACUGCACAAGGAAUCACCCGCGUGGUGGGGAACAAGAAGGGCAUUUUCAGCAGGCAAAGGCAGCCCAAAGCAGCAGCGUUCACCUUGAGAGAGAGGUACUGGAGACUGGCAAACGAAACCGCACGACUACCCGCCUGGACCAAGUACCCUUGCUCACUCUGACGCCUGCUCCCAGUGCAGCACAGGCUCCGUACCAUGUAAGCACCAAGCCUUGUGGAAAAAUCCUGGUAGAAUAUGGGGACAUUCUCUUGAGCACAUGCAAUGUGGGACACACCCUUUGAAACCAAUUCAGUGUGUGUAAGGUCAGACCACCAUGAAACACAAUUCAAAUGUACUAUUCCUGUGGUGUUUAUUUAUAAAUCACCACCAUUUUUCUAAGGAUAUAAACAAAUUUUGGUGCUGAUUUAAAGGGAUAGUAAAGUGAUUUUGACAUGGGGUUGUAUGAGUUACUUAUGCAUAGUUAGUAUGUCACCUUAUGGAGAUGGUGAUCAGCGAAAAGACGUUUUUUGGUGGUCCUCUCUGCAACAGUGGGACUUAGACUUUCUUUACUUCCACUUCUCCUCCAAACUCCGUAAAAUGACAUCGCUGAUCACCAUCUCCAUAUGGUAACAUAUUAACUAUGCAUAACUCAUACAACCCCAUUUCAAAAUCACUGAACUAUCCCUUUAAAAUUGCUUCUUCUCCUUCAUCUAUAGCAGAAUUCUCUUUAAAAAAGAAAAAGAAAAGUUAAUUAUAAUAGUGAUAAGGUUUCUUCAGGAUACACCUGAGUGAGUUGGGAAUGGAUGAGAUGAAUGAAGUUCAUUCAGUUCAGGAUAUUCUGACAGGUGUAUGAGGUAGUGCAUCUCAGUCGGUGUCAUAAAAGACUGAUGACAUAAAACCAAUCAAAACCAUCAGUGAUAAGCUCAGACCUUUCCUUCAGUCAGAUCAUAUGAUCCGACCAGACAGAGUUCUGAUAUAACACUGCCAAGAAACUAAAGGAAAGACCACGCUAGUUCCUCUAUUUUAGAAGCAUCUGUCAUUUAUUUUCUUUUUGCAAACCAUACAAAUUAAUUCAUUGUAACGUCAAUGUGAAUUACAAUGCUGAAUCGAAUCAGAGAAGUGCUUUAUUUUUGUAUAUGAUAACCGAAUGGAGAAAGAUGACUUUUGAUAUGAAAAGACAAAACUGGAUCUAUGUAAGAGCAGUUUUUUCUGAGAUUUUGAACAUAACAUUAAAAGUAUUGAAUCGAGUCUUGUAGAGCACAUUGAUGUGUACUUUACAGUUCUGGUGCCUCAACUCACAGUAACUGGAUGUAUCCAAUAAGUCAAUGAAAUAGUGGUGUGUCCUGUGCUUAACCUCUGCGUGACAGCUGGACGAACACUGAACAUUUAGACUCGGCUUUAGUCUUUCGAACGCGGGAGCUUGGAGUAUAUGCUCACGAGACAUUUUGUGAAAAUCUUUACUUUGUCAUUGAAAUGUGGGAAAAAAAGAAUAAAGCAGCCUUUUAAGCCACA